GGAGAGAGGCCAAGGAUCAGGGGUGGGCGGGGGAAUCCUGGUCCCCCAGAGUCAGUCCCCCUCCUUUCCUCCCUCCCCCUCUGCUUACACGUGAGUGCAGGGACAGCCCGGAUCACUCCGUGGCUUCCCAUUCUCAUCUUCCUCCUCGGAGCUGCCCUCCUUCUUGCAGUUCAGCCAUCUCCAGGGCAGUAAGUCCUCGGCUCUGCCACUGCUCAGUCUUUCCCAUCUGGUCCAUUCCCAUCAACUCCCUGAGGCUGUGAACAGCCUACCUGGGAGGCUGCAGCAUAGCUGCAUCUGGGCUGAGGCUGUCCCCAGGGCACCGGCGCUGGGGCUCCCUGUGUGCUUUCCCUCCGAAGUCUCCACAGGCUUGAGCACUGGCUCUAAGGAUGAGCAGCCACGCCAAUAGCCUUUUCCUGAGGGAAAGCGUUUCCCAACGCCUUGGGAGUCAGAGUUGGCUGCAGGGGUUUCAGGACUCCAUGCGACAGCGCGCAGCCCGAACCCGGCUGCAAAUCCAGACUAUGAGCCGGGAGAAAGUGUUCCGGUUCCUGCGGAGAAAUGCCUUCAUCCUUCUCACAGUCAGCGCUGUGGUCAUCGGGAUCAGCCUCGCCUUUGCCCUGCGCCCUUAUCAGCUGACCUAUCGUCAGAUUAAAUACUUCUCUUUUCCUGGAGAGCUGCUGAUGAGGAUGUUGCAGAUGUUGGUGCUGCCCCUCAUCGUCUCCAGCCUAAUCACAGGUAUGGCAUCUCUGGACAACAAGGCUUCAGGGAGAAUGGGGAUGCGGGCUGCUGUUUACUACAUGGUGACCACAGUCAUUGCAGUCUUCAUUGGCAUCCUCAUGGUCACUAUCAUCCACCCUGGGAAAGGAUCCAAGGAAGGGCUGCACAGAGAGGGUCGCAUUGAAUCUAUCCCUACAGCUGAUGCCUUCAUGGACCUUGUCAGAAAUAUGUUCCCACCCAAUCUUGUGGAAGCCUGCUUCAAACAGUUUAAGACGCAAUACAGCACCAGGGUGGUGACCAGAACUGUCAUGAAGAUGGAAAACAGGACUGGACUGGGAAUCUCCCCUUCACCUUUUUCUCUAAUGGACAAUAGUACCAGUGUCUUGGACAAUGUUACUCGUGCCCUUGGCACCUUACAGGAGGUACUGAGUUUUGAGGAGACUGUGCCCGUACCUGGCUCAGCUAGUGGCAUCAAUGCGCUGGGCUUGGUGGUGUUCUCGGUCAGUUUUGGCCUGGUCACUGGCAGCAUGAAACAAAAGGGCCAUGCCCUGAAGGUAUUCUUCAACAGCCUCAAUGAAGCCAUUAUGAGACUUGUUGGUGUCAUUAUCUGGUAUGCUCCUGUGGGUAUCCUCUUCCUCAUUGCUGGGAAGAUCCUAGAGAUGGAGGACACAGCUGUGGUUGGUGGACAGCUGGGCAUGUACACACUGACUGUCAUCGUGGGCUUGCUCAUCCAUGCUGGGGGUGUCCUCCCACUCCUCUACUUCCUCAUCACACACAAGAAUCCCUUCCCCUUCAUCGCUGGUAUGCUGCAGGCCCUCAUCACAGCCAUGGGCACUUCCUCCAGCUCAGCAACUCUGCCCAUCACCUUCCGAUGCUUGGAGGAGAACCUUGGCGUGGAUAGACGCAUCACCAGGUUUGUGCUGCCUGUGGGGGCAACCAUCAACAUGGAUGGCACUGCCCUCUAUGAAGCCUUGGCAGCUAUCUUCAUAGCCCAGGUCAACAAUUAUGAACUCAACCUGGGACAGAUCACCACCAUCAGCAUCACAGCCACAGCUGCUAGCAUAGGGGCUGCGGGCAUCCCCCAGGCUGGCCUUGUUACCAUGGUCAUUGUGCUUACAUCAGUCGGGCUCCCAACUGAGGACAUCACACUCAUCAUAGCUGUGGACUGGUUCUUGGACCGCCUCCGAACUACCACUAACGUUCUGGGGGACUCAGUAGGUGCUGCCAUCAUUGAGCAUCUGUCUCGGAAGGAGCUGGAGCUGCAGGAUGCCGAGUUAAGCCUCCCAAGCCUUGGAAAGUCUUAUCAGCUCAUCGCCCAGGAGAAGGGGGCCAAUAGAGCUCGGAGUGGCAAUGAAAGCAACAUGUGAAUGACUGAUGGGUCCCCCAGGCUAGAGUCAGAGUCAAACUACCCAUAGCUGGAGGAUCUAGAGAAACAUGUCAGAGGGGUUCCUGGCCCAUCUGGCUUUGAGCCCAAAGGCACCAGCUGCUUGGCCCUACAUGGAUCCUCUAGAAGAAAAAAAAUGAAAGUUUAUACAAGG